AUGUCUACCAGUUCGGCAAGCGAAGAGCCGUAUGAUAUAAUCUCCGUUGGCUUUGGUGCUGCUGCACUUGCAGUUGCCAUUGCUAUGCGUGACCGCGGCAUCGAAGCUCGGGUUCUCUUCUUGGAACGGCAAUCUGAAUUUGGAUGGCACACAGGCAUGCUGAUACCGGGGACGAAGAUGCAGAUAUCGUACCUGAAAGAUCUGGCAACUCUACGAAACCCACGAUCUCAUUUCACCUUUCUCAACUACCUGCACUCCAAAGGCAGACUGGUCCAUUUCACAAAUCUUUCGACCCACACUCCCUUCCGCGAAGAAUUCAACGACUAUAUGAAAUGGUGUGCUUCGCAUUUUGAUGACUGGGUACGAUAUGAACAAGAGGUUAUGAACGUAACGGCGGUCGAUUCACGCUCGGGUUGGCCAGCUGAGCUCUUCAAGGUGGUGGUCGGCAGCAGGCGAUCUGGAGAUGUGAAGGAACUAUUCGCGAAGCAUGUCAUUGUUGCCACAGGCGGCGAGCCAUCGAUCCCACAGUGUGUACCGCAAGAAUAUCUAUACAAUACCGUCAUUCACUCCUCGAGUUAUGUCAACGCUGUACCUCAUCUCCUGAAACAACAAUCCGGGGGAUAUCGCGUUGCAGUUAUUGGAGGAGGACAAAGUGCAGCAGAAAUUUGUGAAGACCUCUCUUCAAGAUAUCCAAACUCGAAGAUCACUCUUGUCGCUCGUGGCGCAUCUCUUCGACCAAGUGAUGAUAGCCCAUUUGUCAACGAAAUUUUUGAUCCUCAAAGUGUCGAUGGAUUCUACUCCCUGCCCAACACCCAACGCCAGCAGCGACUUAAAGAAAACAAAGCGACUAACUACAGCGUUGUGCGACUUCCCCUUCUUGAAUCCCUCUAUGAGAAGCUUUACCACCAAAAGCUCCUUAAUCCUGAUCAUUCCACCUGGCAACUUCAUUUCUUGACGAACCGAGAAUUUCAGGGCAUUGAGGCUUCGCCGUCCGAAAGUGGCCAAAACCAAGUCGAACUGCGGUUCAAGCAUACUUUGACGGGGGAGUCGGAAAAGCUGAACGGAAAGUUUGACCUGGUCAUCCUUGCGACCGGAUACAAGCGAAAUCCCUUCAGCUCCGUCCUCAAACCACUGGAGUCGAUUGUGGAGGCUGGUCCUUCUGGAACCCAGUUCCGGGUGGAUCGCAACUAUCGCCUGUGCUUCGCUCCUGGUAAAGUUGGCAGCGAUGCGGGUAUCUGGCUGCAAGGUUGUUGCGAAAGCAGUCACGGGCUUAGUGAUAGUCUUCUUUCGAUUCUGUCGGUCCGGAGCUCCGAACUUCUUGACUCCAUCCUCGCCAGCAGCAAGAGGUCGGUACAAUUUGCUAAACUGUGA